GAGAGAGAGAGGCGGUGCGCCUACGGCCGCGCUUUUUUCCUGUUGCAGAGUAUCUGCGUACCUGAACUCCGCGUGACAGAGCGAAAGCGAACAGCGGCACACACUUAGAUGAUGACAACUUUUUUUCAAACUGCAUUUUAGCAUAUUGGCUAAACGCGUCAGCUUAUUGUGUCAUUUUACCGCAGAGUGCGCGUUGCCAGAUGCCUGACAACAGAGUGAUCACCUGUCCACGCUUACUGGGUGGGAAGCCCAUUGCUCUUAAUUUGGCAGCAGACAGGCAAAAGUCCCAGACACUUCCUCUUUAAUAUUCUGCUACUGUCUGUCAGUUUACACAGCCAAAAGAGACGAAGACGGCUGCAGAGACAAAAAGAAAGACUGACAGAUCGUCUUAGUGUGUAACGGUGAAAGGCACGAGUGAAGCCAAGCUUCACAAGAGUAAUGUUUGUGGGAGGAACUUCCUGCCCCUGCAGUCCUCCUGCGACACAGUCGCUCUUCACUUAAGUUGUACCAUGCGGUUUGGCAAGCAGGUAUUUUGUUUAAAAACAUGUCAAGCAGCUGAGUCUGUGGGAUGAGAGCACAAAGAAAGCAAGAAAGAGGAAAAAAUAACCAUGCUGAAGAAUUACCAGCUGGUCUAUAUCAGCCUGGAACUGGUGAUCGCCUGCCUGGCUGUAGCUGGGAACAUCCUGGUCUGCUGGGCCGUCUGCCUCAACUCCAACUUGCAGAGCAUCACCAACUACUUUGUGGUGUCACUGGCAGUGGCUGAUAUUGCUGUGGGGGUGCUGGCAAUCCCCUUCGCUAUCACUAUCAGUAUCGGCUUCUGCGCCAACUUUUUUGGCUGCCUGUUCAUCGCCUGCUUCGUCCUCAUACUCACCCAGAGCUCCAUCUUCAGUCUGCUGGCCAUCGCUGUAGACCGCUACAUCGCUAUCAAGAACCCACUCAGGUACAACAGCCUGGUGACAGGGUGGAGGGCAAAGGGCAUCAUUGCAUUGUGUUGGGUUCUCUCAGUUGGCAUCGGCCUGAUGCCAAUGUUCGGCUGGAAUAGAGGUUGGAACACCACUUUAGCCACCAGUAACAACAACUGUCCUGAAGGCCUGAUGGAGUGCCUGUUCGAAGAAGUGGUUAACAUGGAGUACAUGAUCUAUUUCAAUUUCUUCGGCUGCGUGCUGGUGCCCCUGUUUGUCAUGCUGGUCAUCUAUGCCCAUAUCUUCAUGGCCGCAAGGCGCCAGCUCCGACUGAUGGGGCUCAAAGUUGCACACGUACCUGCUCCUGGAAAAAAAAACUCAUUGUCGAGCGCAUCUCGUUCAACCCUACAGAAGGAAGUGCAUGCUGCCAAAUCGCUAGCCAUCAUUGUAGGUUUGUUUGCUCUUUGUUGGCUUCCACUGCACAUCAUCAACUGUUUCAAUCACCUGUGUCAAGACUGUGGGCGCGUACAUAUUUGGGGGAUGAACAUUGCCAUCAUCCUCUCCCAUGCUAACUCGGUUGUGAAUCCCUUCAUUUAUGCGUAUCGGAUUCGGGAGUUCAGACAGACAUUUCGCAAGAUCUUGUAUCAGCACAUCCUAGGACGCAGAGAAGGACAUGGGUUUGGGGUUGGAGCUGGUGAUGGCAGAAGUGUUGGGAGUGGUAGUAUCAUGCGGACUUCCUCCUGCACCAGUAGAGAGGGUGCAUCAUGUGGCACAGUAGUGAACAGUUAUGUCCUGGACCCAAGCCCUGACCGAACUCCACCAGCUACUACUCAUGAAGCCUCUUGCCACUGGACAUCAAACUUAGAUGCUGCACCAAGUAGCUUCAUACCCAACGGACACCAAAUAAAGGGUAGCGGUCUUGCAGAAAUGCAGCAGCAGCCAUCCAUCGUGAGAUCUGCUGAUCAGGAUGGAGUAGAGUCUGUCACAUAUUUCAGGGGAACAACAGAUGUUUUGGAAGUGAAAAACAGUGGAAGUUCCAUUGCUUUUGUAAAUGUUCAGGCCUUCUCCCUAAAACAGACUGACUGUGUCCAUUCUACGGAGCUAACAGAAGUCUCAUGACAAAGAUGUUUAGGUAUUUAAAAUAUAUUUCUAUUGUCAUAAAAACAUGAAGAAUGAUUAAUGAAGCGUCAACAAAUCAACAGCAACAGUUAAUCUGUCUUUCUGAAGUCACAAAAAACGAUCACCAGCAAUGUUUUUGAGCUGCUUUCUUACUUUGUUCGCACCAACCAUCCAUGAGUUGGAGCAGAUCUACAAGAUCACAACAGGUUCUGUGUGGAUGUUUAAAAUAUUUUCUUGACUUGUAGUACAAUAACAUUACUGCAUGUCAUUUAGACAUUUUAAUCUGCAGAAAACAGUGCUUUCUCAACUGUACUGUAUGUUCCAAUGCUUUUUGCAGAGACUUUAAACAUUUGAAUUCUGCAAACUGAAAACUGCAUUUUUGAUAAUGCUGCAUCAGGUCAGCUUUUGUAAUGGUCAUGUGUAUUGUUUUUACUCACUGAUAAAUUAAAAGACAUAAAUAAUUACUAUCUGCUUCAAAACUGAACAACUUUACAGUGUUACCAUAAACCUAGCUACAUGUACCACCAGAUUUCAAACUGUUAUGAAUGAAGUACGUACAGAUUGAAAAACACGUCGUACCAAGAGCUAUAACUAAUGACCUGAAUGAACCAUAACCAGUCCUGUAUGUAUAACUUGGGGAAACCAAUGUUGUUUAAAGGUAGGCAUAAGGUGUGCACCAUUUCCUGUGUAAAAUCUAUUUAAAAGUAAUUUCGCAUAGUGCUGAAUAGCUACAGAAUAUUUGAUGCUUGUGGUAUGAUGGGUGAUUUGAUAACUGCCAAACAACACAUGUCUGUUGCUGGUUCAACAACGCUGUAUACAAACCAGUUACCAGCUAUCCAUAAACAAAGAGUUUGUUUGACCUAAGCAAAUAUCAAUCUUUAUGUCUGUGUUGUGGCUACUUUUCGAGUCGGGCUUGCACAACUACAGUAUGAAAAACACACUUACACACCACCUGACCAAGAACUACUCAGCAAGAGGUGUUUACAGAGUGGCCUGGCAGCUGACGCCACUCAAUGGGCCUAAUGCAAUGGAAAUCAAAGGAAGGUUCACUUGAUGAUGUCUUUUAUUAUGCCAUUAUGCUUUCUCGUUCCUCAUUAAAAAGCCCUCCCACCACGGGAAGAACCUGCAUUAAGCAACAUUUACGUGCCUUAAAGCAAUCCCAGAGACAUGUCUCCAAGAAUAAACAUUCAUGGGUAUGUAUCCGGCUCAUGUAUGUUUAUUCAAAAAAUAUGCAUAUCACUUGCACUUUGUUUUUGGAUGAAGCCAUUUCAUUAAUGCUUUGUUUUUCUUUGUGCUGUUUUGAUAAGCAUAGAUAAGGGUUAUGGAAAUAUUGUAGAUAUGACUAACUGAAGCCUGAGUCGAUUCAUUUUGCAUUUUCUUUUGUUUUGUAAUUUGUUUUGUUUCAGAAAGAAUGAGCAAAAUAGCAGAGACUUAAGACGGUUUCUUUGAAGCAUCAUUUGAUUCUCUAUGUGGUCAGUCUCAGGUUGAUACAGUGGAGACCUGGAGCUGCAACAUACAUAUAACAUUUGGUGUCUAAUGUCUAGGACAUAGACCUUGCUUAAGUUAGAGUCCAAACUGGGAAAAAAUGAAAAAGUGAACACCUUAGAUAUCCAACUGUUAUAAUAAAAGUUAAAUUAUGUGGCAUAUGUAUCCGUAGUGUGGUGUAUGUGUGUGGGAGGUUGUUGGUUUGCAUAGAUAUUUAUGCAAACACUGGAUAAACUUGUACAGUUUGAAUGCUGAUCCGUCUCUGAAUAAAUUUUAACAAAAACCUGUCUGGCUCUGGUAAUCAGCUUUCAGCUUGUUAUUCAGAUGCCAAACAUUACCAGUGCCUCAUUCCUAUGGCAAAACACUAGGCAGACUUUUCAUAGGCACCUUACACAAAUUAAAGAAGCCAGUAAAAGAACUACAUA